GGUAGUAUGGUUCUGGUUAAUCAUGAUUCAUGACAUAAUCCAUAUUUAAUAUUUCUGUAAGUUUGUUGCUUAUUUGCUUGUUAUUAAUUACAUUUUAUUUCCAUUUAAUUUUUAUUCUCUAAAUUCAACAAUUGUUAAACAUUUUUAUAUGUUUUACACAUUUGGGUAAACUCUUUAUUUUAUCUGAAUUAAAUCUAUUUUAAUUAAUAUAAUCCAAGUAUCAUCAUGAGUGACUGGAAUACAGUGACCAUUUUGAGGAAGAGACCUCCAAAGCCUUCCACUAUGAAAUCUGAACAGGUAUAUUAUUAAAUAUCUAUUCAUUUUUAUGAUUCAAAUUAUCUAAUUUGUAAAUGAUUACUGUUUUAGGCCAUUAACAAAGCUAGACGUGAAGGUGCUGUAAUCGAUACUCAAGCAAAAUGUAAGUAUUCAUUAAGAGCACUCAGUAGGUAGGCAUGUAUACUUUAUUUAUUAUUGUAUUUAUAGUUAGGUUCUAUUUAGAGGUUAAUAUCAUAAAGUUUGUUAAAUUCUAGAUCACAAUAAUUUUAUGUUAUACUAGGUACUAUAAAUAUUUUGGUUAAUUUACAUAAACUAUAAAAUUAUACCUAAAUUAAAAAACAAUUAUAUAUUUGUAUUUAUAAGUUAAAUGUCAAAUAAAUCAACACCAUAUAAGUAUAUAAUUAGUUAUGAUUAUGUAUUUUUAUAUAUUAACUUGAAAUGCUUAAAAAUAUUUGAAUAUAUUGACUAUUACAAUCAAUCACAACUAAGGUUCUUGGGGUGCUACUAAGUUGAAAUUCUAAUUUUGGACUUUCAUUUCAUAAAAAAUCCAUUACAUCUACAAAUUAAAUUUGAAUAAUUUAAUAUUUUUUAAACUAACGACUAUAGUAUUUUUAAAAAGCUAGGAGUAUUAGUUGUAUGCAUUUAAAAUAAUUAAAUUUCUUUUUUUUAGUUUAAAUGUUUAUUAUGUAUUAAUUUAAUAGAAUAUAAUUAUGUUAAAUAAUUUGUUCUAUUUAUAAUAAAUUAGGGGGUGCAGCUACAAAUAAACAUCAAGUAACAACAAAAAAUACUGCAAAAUUGGAUCGCGAAACUGAGGAAUUGAAGCAUGAAAAAGUACCUAUUGAUUUAGGCCGUCUUAUCCAACAAGGUCGACAAGCUAAAGGUUUUAACCAAAAAGAAUUGGCUACUGUAAGCCCACUUUUUAUCCAUUUAAAUUAAUAAUAUUUUUUUCAUACCAUUUUGUUUAUAUUUAUUUUAAGAAAAUUAAUGAAAAACCACAAGUCAUUCAGGAUUAUGAAGCCGGGCGUGGAAUACCAAAUCAGUUGGUUAUUGGGAAGAUAGAAAAAGUACUUUGUAAGUAUUAAUAAUUGUUAAGGUUAAGUAUAAAUUAAAUGUUUAACUGAUAAAUAUAUUACAAAUUUUAAUAAGAAUAAAAUAUAAGGAUUAUUAAGGGCAUAAUAUUUUUUAAUUUAACUACAUCCAACAAGCAAAUCUAUUUUAAUCAAAUAUUAGGUAUUUUUUAUAUGCAUAUUGCAAACACGAUUUUUGAGUUUAAUGAAAUUGUGAUUUAUUAGAAAGUAGGAAAUUUAGAUAUCAUUUUUUGAACCAGAAGAGCUCAAUCUAAAUAAUUAAUAAUUCUACAUAAAGAUUAAUGUUUACAUUUAUUAUAAAAGUAGCCACGUUUGGUAGCAUUUUAUUGAAAAAUGAAUCAUUUAUAGACCGUCAGACUUCUUCAUAGAAAAUAAAAACUUACUGUAGACCCAAAAGUAGUUAAUUUUCAUGUUCAUUAUCAUGUCACAUUCCACAAAUAAUAUAUUCUUUAAAAUUCUUGUUCACUAUACAAAUGUCAUACAAUCGUGUCAAAACUCAUUUGUGGGGUUCAAUAGUUGACCUUGUUAUAGAAACUAUUUUGUUAAUUUAUCCAAGAAUAGGAUAAAAUUUCAAGAAGUACCUACAACGUCUUGUCAUUUUAAAAGAGAAUAAGGAUGUAUGGUAUUCAAUUUUGACAGUAUCUCGACACUACAGAAAAACUGUUCCUUAAUAUAAUAUAAGUAUUGAACUUUUUUUUUAUUUAGCAAUUGAAUUAUUAAAACUUAAAAUGCAUAAAAUUAAUUAUUGUAGUGAAGUAAAAUCGUUUGUUUUGAUAGAAAUUAAAUUUUUAUUUAUUCAAUUUGUGUAAACAUAAAUUAGAUAACAGAUAAGAUUAUCAACAUAAUUUGUAUACAAUCAAAAAGAAAACAAUGUUAAGUAUAAAAGUAAAAAAAAAGGCUAAAGAUUCAUUUGUAUUUUCAGUAAGUAACAAGACAUCUUGUAAAACUAGUUUUAAGAAGAAUGUGGUACAUAAAAUAAUUCUUUGUUUGGAAUAUUAUGUUUAUUUAUUUUGUAGCUUAAAAUAACAUUUAAUUUUUUUGUUUUAGGUAUAAAAUUAAGAGGAAAAGAUCGCGGCCAAGUGCUUUUGCCCCCUAGCACCAAGAAGUGACGGGCUUGGGGGAUCAUUUGACAUAAAAGUCACUAAUUAUUUUACAUUUUUAUUACUUUUAUUUUAUAUUUAAAAUAAAAUAAAUAAUAUUUACCUUGUCUAAUUAAUUUUUUUUUUUUUAUUAAGUGAGAAAUUAGUUUUAAAAAUAGUAUGUUAUUACAUAGUUUUUUUUUUUUUUUAAAUAAAACCAUUUUUACCAUUAUAUUAAAUUUAAUAAUAUUGGUUUUUCGUGGUAUCAUUGAUAAUUUUGUUAUUGAAGUAUUGGUGUUAAAAAUAUAGUAACAUAAUAAUAUUAAAACCAUUCAUGUAUUUGCACGAUAUUUUUAUUGAAUGUAUCCUAAAUAGUUACUGUAUAAUUUAGUUAUAAAUAAUAAUAUUAGUUAAUAUAAUACAUAAUUAGUUGAGUUAUAUUUAAUCAUUUCCAUCUAUACAAAAUUUAAUAUGGAAGUUUAUGGUGAUUGUGAGAAUCAUCAAAAAUUUAUUAUAAUUUUAAACCAAAUGUUUUAACAUUAUAAUGGUUUAUUGCAAUCCAGUUUUUUACUAUGAAUAAAUUAAAAUCAAGUAUACAAUAUAAUACAUUUAAAUGCAGCUAAUAUUAAUACAUAAAAUACAUAUUAACCUAAUUUAUAUUUAGUUAACAUGCAUACAAACACAGUACCACAUUAUCUGUUUUAAAAUUUGUAUUCAAUUUGUUAAAUCAAUUCAACUUAUAAUGCCCGAAUAGCAUGGAAGUUAAAUUUGCUGCCAACCAUCAAAAUUCUGUUACUUACAUUUAAAUACUAUGGGACAUUGAAAAUUCAAGCUAACUCUGGUAUUAAGAAAUGUAUGUAAAUGAUAAGUAGAUUAAUGUUUUUAGUCAGAAUUAAAUAUCAAUUUAUGUAAUAAAAAUGUAUAAAAUAAUAAACAUGAAAAACAGUAGGCUGUCUGGAAAAAUAAUAAGUAGUUUGCCAACAGGCUACCCCAUUGCAAAGAGCCCAAUCUUUUCACAGACUAAUUUUGAAGAUUAACUUCAUAUUUGAUAUAUAUGUCGUAGGCCAUAUGGAAAAUUAGUCUGCGAAAAGAUUGGGCUCUUUGCAAUGGGGUAGCCUGUUGGCAAACUACUUAUUAUUUUUCCAGACAGCCUACUGUUUUUCAUGUUUAUUACAUAUAGACCAACAGCAUUUAGGCCUUUUAAGAACUACAAUAAUUAUUGUAAUAUAGUAAUAACUAUUUAACUUGUUUUAUUUAAGUGUAAUUUAUUACUUUAUAUACUGUAUCUAUGGCGUAUUUAUAAAAUCAUAUCAAUCUUGUACAUUUAAAAUUCUAGAUAUUUACCUACCUUAAUUUAUCAGUAGAUUAGAUUAACUUUUCAUUGUACAUAUUUUUGUUGGCAUACUGUCUGUACAUACUAGAUGUUAGCACAGCUCUGUGUUAUCGUUAAAACGGUCGUAUUCGUUUGUAUUUCUUAUCAAAAAUGUUUUUGCAAAUCAAUUAGAUGCGGUUGACAGUAUACAUCUUAUAAUAAUUAUACUGAUUUUUAUUUUUUUAUGA